AGACAUCUUAUUCUAUGAUAUGUGCUGUUAUAACAAUAAUUUUAGUAUUUGUCGGCUUCACCGUUUGUCAAUAAGGAUAUUUACGAAUCCAAAUUUAUGUUUAAAGUAAUGGGGUUUCAGAUAUGCAGUCUAUUAGGAAAUUGUAUAAGUCAAUUAUGGUCUGGUAGAAAUAAAAGAUUGUGGAGCGGGGGCGGCGUGCUAUUAUUUUUCUUGAUGUUAACAAGCAUCCAACUGAAUUUUAUAUGGUCUACAUAUCAUCAACAACUCCCAAAAUCAAGCCCAAAUAUUACUUUUUCUGCCUUCGGUAUGGAAUUAUCAGUACAAACCACCAAAUCGAUUCAUACUAACAAGACGUCCGACAUUUUCUAUAGUAUUAACCAAAAGAUAGCACAGUACAACAGAGAACAAAUAAUCCACAAUCAACAAAAUUUUGAAGCCCUACGAACAGAUUCUGUUAUUUUAGUGAUACAAGUACAUAACAGGAUUUCUUACUUGCGUUAUUUAAUUGGUAGUUUGGCUAAAUCUUCGAAUAUUUCUCAAGCUCUCCUGAUAUUUUCUCAUGAUUACUACGAAGAAGAAAUAAAUGACUUGAUCAAGAGCAUUAAUUUUUGUAAAGUUAUGCAAAUAUUUUAUCCUUACUCUAUACAAACUCAUCCCAACGAAUUUCCAGGAAGUGAUCCCAAUGAUUGCCCCAGAGACAUAAGUUCAGAGGUACACGAAACAACUUGUGAUUUUCAAGAAUCUGACAAUAUGACGUUGAACGUGGCCAAUAAAAACAUGGUGCUCCACUAUGAGUGUUGUUGUAGAGCCUUUGUCUUGAACUGUAACAACGCUUUGAAUCCCGAUAUAUACGGCCAUUAUCGUGAAGCUAAGUUCACUCAAACUAAACACCAUUGGUGGUGGAAAGCUAAUAGGGUUUUCAAUGAACUCGAAGUGACUAAAAAUCAUGAAGGACUUGUUGUUUUUCUUGAGGAAGAUCAUUAUGUUGCCGAAGACUUCAUUCAUGUAUUAAAAUUAAUGGAGAGGAGCAGAAAAGCAAAUUGUGCAAACUGUAACAUACUCUCCUUGGGAACGUAUUCCAGGAUAGUCAAUUAUAAAAAAGACUCAGAUAAGGUUGAAACGUUGCCAUGGAUAAGUAGUAAACACAACAUGGGCUUAGUUCUCAACAAAUCAACGUGGAUGAAUAUUGUGAAAUGUACUGACUAUUUCUGUACUUAUGAUGAUUAUAAUUGGGACUGGUCAUUACAAUAUAUAUCUAAAACAUGCUUGAAAGAGAAACUUUAUGUUAUGGUACCUUCCGCUCCCAGGAUAUUUCACACUGGGGAAUGCGGUCUUCAUCACUCUAAUAACAAUUGUGAGCCCACUAAGGUGUUAUCAAGGAUACAACGCAUUUUAGACUUUGCCAAAAGUUAUAUGUAUCCUAAUAACUUGACAAUAAAACAGAGAAUUGGGAAGAAUAUACCAAUAAGAGCGAAUGGAGGAUGGGGCGAUAAAAGGGAUCACAAAUUAUGUAUAAUGAUGACGAGGCAACAGGAAAAUCAAUAGUUUUGGUUGCGGGUAAUACAUGGCAUUACGGACCUUAUCAUACAAGCGGAUUGCGAGCGUCUUCAAAGCGGAACGGGCACGCAACGAUCACAACGUACACGCGUAGCGCAACGCAACGAGGUCGCUGCGGAUAGCAGCUUCGACAUAAUCUUGUACUGUCGCGAAAAAACACCAACUCGUACGCUCCACAUUACUUCAGUCAGACAUGAAUAUGAGAGGACGUAGGUGUUCACUUGUAUCAUCAUGGCAUCAUUAGGGGAUUCGGAUAUUGAAUGAGUGAAAUUCAAAAUAGUUACAUAAUAUGAGACCAUAAAAGCAGAGAAUUUAGUGAUCGUAAUUUUAAACGAGGGCAUGGGAAGAGAUUUGCAUUUUGUUCAUUGAAGGCUAUAGAGAAAAAACAAUCAAGGAGAAAAAUUUAUCUUAAGAAAGAUUCAAACCAAUUCAUUCAGACUAUAAAAUCAUUGCCAAAAUUUGAAAUAUAAGCAUAUGUCUAACAGCUAUGCUCCAAACUAUCCAUAUUAGAGAUAUUUUACAAGUCCAGAGCCACCACGGAAUAAUUCAUUGCAGCCAAUUAAUUCUUCAUUAAGUGUUUAUGAGGAGAACAGUAGAUAUGAUUUAUAAUGAUUUUUGAAUAGUAAUUUCCUAAAUUACCAACUCAUAUUAUGAAAUAAUUUAACCGCUAGUGUGAACCCACCAUUAUUUUGAUAAUUAUUGGGUUAUAAAACUUUGACGUUUAUUAUUAUUUAACUAAUUCAUUUUUGUACUAACAUAACAAACAUAGAAUUGAAACAUGGUUUGCGCUUACGCGAAAAAACAAUCCCUGGGCAAACAGCGUCCAGAAAAUAUUAUGAAGUGUGAACGUAAUAUAUUUCAGAUUAUUUGUGAUCGAUCAAGUGAAACACAUUUAUUUCUUCCGAUAUAUCGUAUAACCGAAAAUUAGCAAAAAUAUUCAAUUCAAUUAAGUUAGGAAAUAUAUAUAAACACUCGACGAUUAUCUGCAGCCAACAGUUCGGUUUUCGCACACAAUUUAAACUUGAAAAUGUAACCUUGAAUUCAGCAAUGAAGAAAACACUACAUAAAAGUGGCAAAGGACAGUAGGUGAUGAAAAUAUUACGAUAGAAGAUGUAAUUUGUAACACAUUUGCUAGCUGUUAGCUGAUAAAGACUUAAUUUAUAGGAAAAAAUCGUUGUCAUUCUGUAGUACUAACAUCUAUUCUAAAAUAAUAUAUGACAUUAAUAAUAUAUUAUAAUAUCAUUAACCUAGAAUAAAUAAUUUAAUAGCAGCC